AUGUCCAAGGCGAUUUACAUCUCGCCGAUUGACGGCAAGCCUGGCAAACCAGGGCAGGUCUACUAUCCGCUGUCACUGCGUACAAUUCCCAAGCCAUCGCCGCAGGGCGGAGAGCUGCUUGUGAAGCUCACUGCCGCCUCGCUCAAUCACCGGGAUCUCUUCCUCCGACAGCACCUAUACCCCGGUGUGACAUUUGAUGUGCCUCUUCUGGCCGACGGCGUAGGCGUAGUGGUUGGCGCUGGCCCCAAUGUCUCGAACCCGGAGCAAUGGCAGGGCAAGCGGGUGAUUCUAAACCCCGGCGUGGGCUGGAAGGACUCGCCGGACGGACCCGAAGAAGCGACAGGUUACCGCAUCAUGGGAGGUACCAAGGUCUAUGACAAGGGUACCUUGCAAGAAUAUGUCGCCAUUGAGGAAGGGGAAGUCGAAGAAGUACCCUCGCACCUCUCCGAUGCAGAAGCAGCUGCUUUGCCGCUGACGGGACUGACCGGGUGGCGGGCACUCGUGUCGAAGGCGGGCGAGCGGAACUCGAGCACGGGUGCUGCUGUUUUAGUGACUGGCAUUGGAGGAGGUGUUGCGCUGAUGGCCCUGAGGUUUGCAGCUGCCAGAGGCGCGGAUGUCUUCGUGACGAGCUCGAGUGAGGAGAAGAUCCAGAAGGCUGUCCAGUUGGGAGCCAAGGGAGGUGUCAAUUAUAAAGAGGCCGGAUGGGAUAAGAAGCUGCUGGGGAUGCUGCCUUCGGGCAAGAAGAACUUCGAUGCCAUUAUCGACGGUGCCGGUGGUGAUUCCAUCGAGAAGGCGGCCAAGCUGCUCAAGGCUGGUGGUGUGCUCUCUGUGUAUGGCAUGACGGUGUCUCCCAAGAUGCCCUUCCUGAUGCAGGCGGUGCUGAAGAACAUCGAUGUGCGAGGCUCGACCAUGGGCUCUCGCAAGGAGUUCAAGGAGAUGGUGGAGUUUGUCAAGACACACCAGAUCCAUCCGGUCGUGUCGCGAGUGUUGCAGACAGACCUGGAUGAUCUGGCUGGAAUUGACGGACUGUUUGAGGAUAUGAAGGAGGGCAAGCAAUUUGGCAAAUUGGUGGUGGAGUUUGGCAAGUCCGGGGCCAGCAAGCUGUAG